AUGAGUGGGCUAUUGGGCGUUAGGACCUGCCCUGGCCCGGGAGAGACCUCCGACCUUAAGUCGCUCCUGGGCACCAGGCUCAGGGAACCUCUCACCGAGGCUCGGUUCCAGCAGCUCUUCGGGAGCGCAGAGCAGGAGCCUGGGCUACCGGCGGAGACCCGCUUACCCCGGCUGUGGAGGCUGUGGAGGCGGCGGGCCGGAGCUUGUUCCGGGCCGGGGGCGUGGCGCCUGCUGCUGGCGCGGCUGCCCCCUCUGCGCUGGCUGCCCCACUACCGCUGGCGGGCCUGGCUGCUCGGGGAUGCGGUGGCCGGAGUGACCGUGGGCAUCGUGCACGUACCCCAGGGCAUGGCUUUUGCCCUCCUGACCUCCGUGCCCCCAGUGUUCGGACUCUACACUUCUUUCUUUCCAGUCCUCAUCUACAGCUUGCUGGGUACUGGGAGACACCUGUCCACAGGAACUUUCGCCGUACUCAGCCUCAUGACGGGCUCAGCCGUCGAGCGGCUGGUGCCCGAACCCCUCGGGGGAAAUCUGAGCGGAAUCGAGAGGGAGCAGUUGGACGCUCAGCGGGUCGGGACGGCCGCGGCCAUGGCCUUUGGGAGCGGGGUGCUGAUGCUGGCGAUGUUCGCGCUGCAGCUCGGCGUCCUGUCCACCUUUCUGUCGGAGCCUGUGGUCAAGGCGCUGACCAGUGGGGCCGCGCUGCACGUGCUAGUGUCCCAGCUGCCGAGCCUUUUGGGGUUGUCCCUCACGCGCCAGAUCGGCUGCUUCUCCCUCUUCAAGACGCUGGCCGCCGUGCUCACGGCGCUGCCCCGGAGCAGUCCGGCCGAAUUGACCGUCUCGGCGCUCAGCCUGGCGCUGCUCGUGCCGGUCAAGGAAUUGAACGUGAGAUUCCGAGACAGACUACCCACCCCGAUCCCAGGGGAAGUCGUCAUGGUGCUUCUGGCCUCUGUGCUCUGCUUCACCUCUUCCCUAGACACAAGAUACAACGUCCAGAUAGUGGGGCUGUUGCCUGGAGGAUUUCCCCAACCUCUCCUCCCCAACCUGGCUGAGCUGCCCAGGAUUCUGGCCGACUCGCUGCCCAUCGCGUUGGUUACUUUUGCUGUGUCCGCCUCCCUGGCCUCCAUCUAUGCAGACAAGUAUAGCUACACUAUUGACUCCAACCAGGAGCUUUUGGCCCACGGUGCCUCCAACCUCAUCUCCUCCCUCUUCUCUUGCUUUCCCAACUCAGCCACACUGGCCACAACCAGCUUAUUAGUGGAUGCUGGUGGGAAUACACAGCUGGCAGGCCUCUUCUCCUGCAUAGUGGUCCUGUCAGUGUUGCUGUGGCUGGGGCCCUUCUUCUACUAUCUGCCCAAGGCUGUCCUGGCUUGCAUCAACAUCUCCAGCAUGCGCCAGAUGUUCUUCCAGAUGCAGGAACUUCCACAACUAUGGCGCAUCAGCCGCGUGGACUUUGCUGUGUGGAUGGUCACAUGGGUGGCUGUAGUGACCCUGAGUGUGGACCUGGGCCUGGCAGUGGGUGUGGUUUUCUCCAUGAUGACCGUGGUGUGCCGCACCCAGAGGGUGCAGUGCCUGGCUCUUGGACUGGCUGAGGGGACAGAGCUCUACAGGCCACUCAGAAAGAACCACAAGCUCCUCCAGGUCCCAGGGCUCUGCAUCCUGAGCUAUCCGACACCACUGUACUUUGGAACCCGUGGACAGUUUCGCUGUACCCUGGGGUGGCAUCUGGGAUUUGGAGAAGCAGGCAAGGAGACUCGAAAGCCAGAUGGCCCACCUGACAUAGUUGCUGAGCCUGUCAGAGUGGUGAUCUUAGACUUCAGUGGUGUCACCUUUGCAGAUGCUGCUGGGGCCAGAGAAGUGGUACAGCUGGCCAGCCGAUGCCAAGAUGCUGGGAUCCACCUUCUCCUGGCUCAGUGUAAUGCCUCAGUGCUGGGGACACUGACCCGGGCAGGACUCCUGGACAGAGUGACCCCAGAACAGCUGUUUGUGAGUGUCCAGGAUGCAGCUGCUCAUGCCCUGGAGAGACUGGAGCUCACCGGCCCAAAGAUUUGCACAGUGUGGGUCUGA